AUGACAAUAUCUUCUCCCUCCGGCCAACUGCCGAGUGAUCUCUUCGCCUUUACAAAAAUCAAUGCUUACUUCCCUUCAUCUACCUACCCAUCUAUCUCAUUCAAUUCAUAUCUAUCUAUCUAUCUAUCUAUCUAUCUAUCUAUCUAUCUAUCUAUCUAUCUCAUUCCAUUUAUAUCUAUCUAUCUAUCUAUCUAUCUCAUUCCAUUUAUAUCUAUCUAUCCAUAUAUCUAUCUAUCGAUCAAUCUAUCUCAUUCCAUAUCUAUCUAUCUAUCUAUCUAUCUAUCUAUCUAUCUAUCUAUCUCAUUCCAUUUAUAUCUAUCUAUCUAUCUAUCUAUCUAUCUAUCUAUCUAUCUAUCUAUCUAUCUAUCUAUCUAUCUUAUUCCAUUCAUAUAUAAUUCCAUUCAUAUCUCUCUAAUUCCAUUCAUAUCUAUCCAUCUCAUUCCAUUUAUAUCUAUCUAUCCAUCGAUCUAUCUAUCUGUCCGUCUCAUUCCAUUCAUAUCUAUCUAUCUAUCUAUCUAUCUAUCUAUCUAUCUAUCUAUCUAUCUAUCUAUCUUAUUCCAUUCAUAUCUAUCUAAUUCCAUUCAUAACUCUCUAUCUAAUUCCAUUCAUAUAUAUCUAUCUCAUUGCCUUCAUAUCUAUCUAUCUAUCUAUCUAUCUCAUUCCCUUCAUAUCAUAUAUAUUCUAUCUAUUUCGGCCUCUUCUGUUCAUUACCUAUCUAUCUAUCUAUCUAUCUAUCUAUCUAUCUGUCUCAGUUUGUUCAUUAUCUAUCUAUCUAUCUAUCUAUCUAUCUAUCUCAUUCCAUUCAUAUCAUAUAUAUUCUAUUUCGGCCUCUGUCUAGUUAUUUAUCUAUCUCACUUUCUUCGUAUCUAUCUAUCUAUCUAUUAA